UUUGCUUAUUGUAGUUUGUUCCCGCCUGAUUAUGAGAUCCCCGUAAAGAAAUUAAUUAAGUUAUGGGUGGCACAAGGGUUCGUUAAGUCUUCAAAUCCUAAUGAGUGCUUGGAAGAUGUUGGUUAUGAAUAUUAUAACGAACUAGUUUGGAGAUCUUUUUUCCAAGAAGAAGAAAAAGAUAAGUUUGGUAUAAUAACAAGCUGUAAAAUGCAUGAUCUCAUGAAUGAACUUGCUGUUAAAGUGGCAGGGGAGGGAAGCAGAAUUAUAGAUCACAAUAAGACUGAUUUUGAUGGAAAACGUCUUCUUCAUGUAUCUUUCGAUUUUGAUGUUGAUUCGCUGGAAUGGAAAAUACCGACAUCCUUGCUGGAAUCACAUAAGCUAAGGACUUUUCUUUUCCUAAGCCAACAUUUGUGGAAGGAGUCAUUCCAUAAUUCAUUUUGUGCUACAAUUGCUUCAAAUUUUAAGUCAUUGCGUAUGUUGAGUUUGAAUGGAUUGGGAAUUACAAAAUUGCCAAAAUGUCUUAGGAAAAUGAAACAUUUAAGAUAUCUUGAUCUUAGUUUUAAUCCCAUUGAGAGACUUCCAAAUUGGAUAGUCGAACUUCAAAAUUUGGAAACACUAGAUCUCAAAUGGUGUCAGUCUCUUGUGGAAUUGCCUAGAGAUAUCAAGAAAUUGAUCAACUUGAGGCAUCUGAUUUUGGAAUUCUGUUAUAAAUUGGCUCGAAUUCCUCCUGGAUUGGGUGAAUUGACUCGUCUUCGUACUUUGAGUAAAUUUGUUUUGAGCAAAAACAAUUCCAUGUUGAGGGACAGUGCAGGGCUCAGUGAGUUGGGGAAGCUGAAAGAUUUAAGAGGAAAGUUGGAGAUCAGAAAUUUGGGGUACAAGAAAGAUAUAGUGUCAGAAUUGAAUUAUGAUGGUGCAGUUUUGAAGGAGAAACGACAUCUCUAUUCGUUGACUUUACAUUGGAUGCAAAUCGAAAGAGAAAAUAGUGAUGCGGUUGAGGAGGAGAGUGAUGUAAUUAUUAAGUCAAUGGAAGCGCUGCAGCCCCAUUCAAGUCUAAAACAGUUAACCUUGCUGAACUAUAUGGGUGCGAGGUUUGCGAGUUGGUUUCAUUCUCUCACAAAUAUUGUUAAUCUCGGAUUGUAUGACUGUGAUAGAUGCCAACAUCUUCCACCGUUGGAUCAUUUACCUUUUCUUAAGAGUCUUGUGCUUUUGGGGUUAAGGAAUUUGGAGCACAUAUCAGCAGAAGACAAGGUUAAGGACUUUGCCGGUGAUGAGAUGAUGAUGAUGUCAGCUGCUUCUCCAUCGACGACCUUCUUUCCCUCCUUAGAGAGUCUUCGUCUAACUGAUUGCCCUAAUCUCAAGGGAUGGUGGAGGAAUGAAACAGCUUCGGCUUCUUCAUUUCCUUGUCUUUCUUCUUUAGAGAUAGAGAAUUGUCCUAACCUAACUUCCAUGCCGCUGUACCCAAAUCUUGAUAGACUGGAUUUAUGGAGAAGCAGCUGGAAUGUCCUUCCCUCAUCCAAAUUAAAAUAUCUGGAGAUUAGGGACGUUGAGGAUAUAGAAUAUGUGCCAGAAGAAGGGAUUGGAAACCUCACAUUACUCCAAGAGCUCUCAAUUGAUCGUUGCCCUAAUUUGGUAUCACUACCAGAUCAAGGGAUGGGUAGCCUCAUCUCCUUACAGAGACUGCAUAUUUCAAAGUGUCCUAAUUUGGCAUCACUCCCAGAAGGGCUUCGUUGCCUCGCCUCAUUAAAAAGGUUGACAAUUGUAGAUUGCCCCAUCUUAAAGCAAAGAUGCCAGAAAGAAACAGGUGAGGACUGGUCCAAGAUUGCUCACAUCCCAGAAAUUGACAUAGACUGGUCCAUUUUAUGAUCUUUAAGGGUUGGGUCAGUGCACUAAAAACUCUUAUGGCUUGAUUGUGAUUGUGCAACAGCAGAUCACCAACAAAGUGGUGACCAUGAAAUUGGGAAGCCAAGCACGGCGCACCAUCUUAGAUUCAAAAGGGCAACAGCAAGCUUCUCUUCAGAAUCUUUAAAAAGUUGUACUAUUCGUGAUUCAGCUUCCGUGUCUUCAGCAAAGAUGAAGUCAUCCUCAAAUUCUGCCUUUUCUGGAAAGCUGCCAUCUUCUUCACAUAUCAUGCGCAUACUCAAAACCUGCAGCGCUUCCAUGGCCGUGCUGUGAAAACCACUGUUGGCAUAUGCAGAGAAAACAAAAUGGCAGGUCGCUGGAUCCGGCUGGACUUUUUCUUGGUGCAUCCACUCAACGACAAAUUCAACUACCUCAAUCACUUCCUGACAUUUAUUGCAGGGGAGAAGAAAAAUAUAUAUUACUAUCGAAUAAUGCAACCACAAUUUUUGUGGUUGAUCAAAUUAUAAUCAUGUAUAUCGAGAACCAUGCUGCUCUUUUGAUCUUACCUUUUCACAGGCUUUUUCAAGAAUGGUAUUAAAUAGCAAGGUAUCAAGUUCAUUGCGUUCUGAA